CAAUGCCACAUGUUUUACCAUAUUACCAAGAAGGUCCCAUUUAGGAAAUUCCAUUAUGAUGCCAAUUUUUCAAAAGUCUCAACGGUAACAAACACGAAGCUCAUCACAGACUACUUUUAUCAAGGCUUUCCCGCCAAAGCCCGCCAAGUGUUCGAUGAAAUGCCACACAGAGACCUUGUCACUUGGACUUCAAUGAUCUCAGGCUACACAUCCAAUGCUUACCACUCUGAUGCAUUGGCUCUGUUCCGAGACAUGCUUGCUGCCGGAGUGACCCCCAAUGCCUUCACUUUGUCCAGUGUCAUCAAAGCAUGCAAAGGAAUGGACUUGCAAACUAGUGGGGAAAUGCUACAUGCCCAAGCAGUGAAACAUGGUGUUGAUCGACAAGAGUACGUCGAGAACUCAUUGCUCGAUAUGUAUGCAAUGUGCGGUCGUAGUAUGUCGGAGGCCCGUGCCGUGUUUGAUUGUUUGAUGGAGAAAAGUGUGGUUUCUUGGACGACGAUGAUUGCUGCAUACACUCACCAUGGUGAUGGACACGCAGGAAUUCAUUUGUUUCGGCAAAUGAUUCAGGAAGGAGUUGAAUUGAAUCAAUUCGUUUGUUCUAUCGUUAUCCGGGCUUGUGCUUCGAUUAAGAAUCGAAUACUGGGGAAGCAAAUGCAUGCUGCAACGGUGAAGUCCGGGCACGAUAAGGUUCUCCCGGUCGGGAAUUCUAUUGUUGAUAUGUAUUGUAGGUGCAUGAGCCUUUUAGAAGCAGAGCAAUACUUCAAUGAGAUGCAUGAAAAGGACUUGAUCACUUGGAAUACCAUGAUUUCCGGGUUCGAGCAAGCUAUCCCUCAAGUAGCAUUAAGUUUACUGAUCAAGAUGGGAUCGAACGAUGUUACUCCAAAUUGCUUUACUUAUACCAGCAUUGCAUCUGCCUGUGCAAACAUGGCUGUUCUAAAUUGUGGACGACAAGUUCAUGGAACUAUAAUUCGAAGAGGAUUUGUAGGAAACCUUCAAAUGGGCAAUGCAUUAGUAGAUAUGUAUGCAAAGUGCGGAAGCAUUGGUGACUCGCAGAAAGUCUUCAAUGAGAUGUCUCGGAAAGACUUGAUAUCGUGGACAUCUCUAAUCAACGGAUAUGGUAUUCAUGGAUAUGGUAAGGAGGCGGUAGAAUUGUUCGACGAGAUGAUUAUUUCAGGUAUUGAACCAGAUUCAGUAGCUUUCAUGGGUGUUGUGAGUGCUUGUAGUCAUGCAGGGUUAAUAGAGGAAGGUUUGAAGUACUUUAACUUAAUGAAGACCGAAUAUAAUGUUCUCGCCGAUAGAGAGGUUUAUGGUUGUGUCGUAGAUCUUCUUGGGCGUGCCGGGAAGCUUACAGAGGCUUAUGAGUUGAUACAGAGAAUGCCAUUCAAACCUGAUGAAUCGAUUUGGGGUGCUCUUCUUGGAGCUUGUAAGAUGCAUAAAAACGCGAAAUUAGGGAAAAUAGCUGCCGAGGAGAUCUUAAAUUUAAAGCCGAAAGGAGCUAAGACAUACGUUAUACUCUCAGACAUAUAUGGAUCUUGCAAGCAAUGGGAUGAGUUUGCAGAGACAAAGAAACUAAUAAAAGAGACAGGAAGUAAGAAAGAGGCGGGAAUGAGUUGGAUUGAGCUGAGGGACGAGGUUUGCAGUUUCGUCGUUGGUGAUACUAUCAGUCCAUACACCGUAUCAAUUUAUAAAACUCUCCGAGUUUUGUCCAAGCACAUGAAUGAUUCCGGUGUCGUAUCUGAUUUCAAUGCUCUACAACAUAAUUUCGAACCAGUGACUCGAUAAUUUCCAAAAAAAUUAUUGAUCUUGAUCAAUCAAGGUGAGAAUUCAUAGAUAUAAAGAUGAUUCUUCUAUUAGAAUUGAAAUUAUUUAUUUGUUACUGAUUCUUUGAAAUCCUUGCCGUUAGUUAUGCAUGUUAAUAGUUCAGUAUAACUCAGUCGACUCGAGAUUAUAGUAAUAGAUAUUUUAUUAGCACACAGCUACAGGAAUUAACCAGAAGGCUAACUCCCUGCCAUACAGGACACACAGAUAUUAGUUACUUUAACACGAGCCAUGAGCGCACACACACACUGAUGAUAUUACUUGACAUCACACAUGCAAACCAUUACAUGCUUGUUAUUAGAUAUUUGAUUAUUU